AUGGGAAAGAAACUUGAUGCACUGCUGGGAAGAAGCUUUAAGACCACAAGGUUCAAAGCUCUUGUGAACUUGGCCAUAUCUCGGCUCGCUGUUCUUGCAAACCAACGCCAGGUCAGGUCCUCCCAGGCUCGUUCUGAUGUAGUUCAGUUGCUGCAGCUUGGCCACCAUGAGAGAGCCCUCUUUCGUGUGGAGCAAGUUAUUAAGGACCAGAAACUGUUGGAUGCGUAUGCUAUAAUAGAGAGUUAUUGUGAGGUUGUAUUGGAAAGAAUCAAGCAACUUGAACACCAGAGAGAAUGCCCAGAGGAACUCAAGGAAGCAAUUUCAGGUUUGAUUUUUGCAUCUUCAAGAUGUGGGGAUUUCCCAGAGCUUAUAGAGAUUCGUUCAGUUAUUACCAAUCGUUUCGGGAAAGAGUUUACGGCUCGUGCUAUUGAGUUACGUAACAAUUGUGCUGUUGGUCCGAUGAUAGUACAGAAGCUGUCAGCUAGGCCAGCAAGCUUGGAGAUCAAAUUGAAGUUACUUAAACAAAUUGCUUCGGAACAUGGCAUUACUUUGAAAGAUUUGGAGGAUUAUGAAGUUUCAAGUGAGGAGAAAGUGGUGGUUAUGGCAGAAGAGAAGAAGGAAGAACCACAGCAGGAAACCAAAGUGGAAGGUGUUUUUCAGAUUUUACCUGAAGAGAUAGAGAAGGACAAUCGGUAUGCUGAUUCGAUGAGAGGAAGAAAGAAGUACAAAGAUGUGGCGGAUGCUGCUCAGGCAGCAUUCGAGUCGGCUGCUUAUGCAGCAGCUGCAGCAAGAGCUGCUGUUGAACUCUCUCAAUCUAAAUCACUUGAUCAUGAUGACCUGAGUAAUCUGAGUCCAAAACCAAGAAAAUCCACUGAAACUCUUGAAUCCAAGAACACUGAGAAAGAAAUGAACAAGGAAGAAAGUGGAAGUACGUCUAUAGAAGAGGAGAGUGAAAAUGGAACAGAAUUGAAGCAGCCAGUCUCUUCUUCUAGUUCGGAAGCCGGGGAUGCUAGUUUAAAGGAAAAUGAGAUUCCAAUUGAAGCAAUAAAUAUUAUCGAACUGCUGGAGAAGGAUUUGGCUUUUGACGAGAGUGAUGUUGAUGCUGCGAAAGGAGAAAGCAGCAGUUCAGCUACUGAGGAGAGGAAUUUGAGCUUCGAGUCUCAUGAGAAGAUGGAAUCAGAGUCUGCAGAGAUCACAACAAACAAUGAGGAAUCUGAUAACGAUGAUACUGCACAAAAUAUAAGCAUAGGUAAUGAGGCUGUUAUAAGGACAAUAGAUGUCCGUGGGCACCGAGGAGCUUGAACAUAUUGUACCUUGAUUGACGUCUGUUUAAAGAUAAUAAAUUUUGUAAGUAGAAUUCGUUUAUUUUAAGAACCUUAAGGCUUGAUAUAGUGUGCAAAUGUUUAAAUUGGUUUUCCUGAUGACUGAAUAUCGAUUUUUUGUUUGUUGAAAUGGUAUUGAAAUAGUUGGAUUUUA